AUGUUUUACCGCCCCGCGUUCCGAAGCGUGCGCCUGUCUGCCUCAGCUACACCUACCCUCCGGCUGCGCGCCUCCAGAGCUCUCUCGACCCUCCCUUCAAAUCCUCACGUCUACGUCUUUAAGCAUCCGCUCGACUCCUCGCGCUCAGUCCUCACUCUCCUUCCUACGCAGCCACCGAACGUAGACCUCUCAUUGGGAACAACCACAUCCGUCCCGCCUGUCCCAGACUCGUUCUCGGAGAACCGGCACUUCCAUCCGAUCCUGCAAUCCGUCCUCGCUACACACGCAGUGGAUGACCCUUCAGUCAAGCAACAGGCCGCUGCCUUUGCCGGCCCGGGUGGCUUCAACCUGGGCAGCAACAAGGGCGGCGGGGACGGUGCCGGCGGCGCCAACCGUCAAGCAGGCAUGGGCGGCGCGAACAAGGGUGGCUGGAUUCACGUCAGCGAUGAGCGGAAUCCACCGGACUGGGGUAGGAUCGCGUGGCCCGAGGAUAUAUUUGGCAGUGUCGAGGUCGACGGCAAUGGGUCCUUGGUGGGAAAUUGGCAGAACAGUGGAACAUACAGGAUUGUUACGAGGGAGGGAAUACUGGGACUCACGCCCUACCUGAGAGAAAAGCUCGUCCAGCGAUUGAAGGAACUCGAAAGCGAGAUCAAGCAGCGCGAUUAG